AUGAAUGUGUUCGACAAUCAGUAUCGUACUUAUCGUAUUAUAUUGAAAACUAUAGGACUAUGGCCAUACGACAAUUCAAUCUACGUACGGAUUCAGAGAUUGUCUUUAUUAACGUACUUUCUUAUCAGUAUAAUAUUUCAGAUUAUCCUGCUCGUAAAAUCUGAAAUUACAUUACAAAAUUGCGUUAUCACGUUAUCUCAGAUUUUUCCUGUACUGCUAUUUUUUUUACGAUAUCUUCAUUUUAUUACACUGUUUUCAUACGCAGAAAUUCUGUUCGAUAACAUAUCUGCAGAAGAACAUGAGUUACAAGAUUCGAUAGAAAUACAAAUACAAACGAAAUACCUCGAUAUUUCAAGUCAUAUUAUCGAUAUUUUUUGCUGUGUGAGUUUUAUUGCUGUUGCAGCGUUCAUCAUAUUUCUACUGAUUCCUAUAACACUGGAUAUAAUAAUGCCUUUAAACGAAUCUCGCACUCAUUUCAAUGUUUCAUUUAUUUUCGGCGAUCAAAGCGCCUAUAUUAAAAUCUUUCUAAUCUUAAAUUUCAUGUUAAUUCUGUCAUUCGGAUUAUUAUCUAUAAUGAGUACAGAGUUGUCACUUAAUAUUUUUAGUUAUUAUAUAUGCAGACGAUUUAAUAUCGCCAGUUAUCGAAUACGAAAGAUAAUUGAAGAUCUCAGUAUACCCAAUCUGUCUAAGAUAGACUUGAAACUUACAGACAUACAUCGAGUAGUGGACAUUCAUUGCCACGCUAUCGAACAUAUUAAUUUAGCCACAAAUAAUACAGCGACGCAAUAUUUAAUGGCAAUUAUUGUAUGCAUACUGUCAUUCUCUGUAAAUCUAUAUCGCCUAUAUAACGCAAUAAUAACUAUGGACAAUCCAAUAGAAAUCUCCGGUUCUGCUCUUGUAGUUAUCUAUCAUUUAAUGAUCGCAUUUUACAAUAAUCAUUAUGGACAAUUAAUUAUUGACAGUAAUCUUAGCAUAUUUAACGAAUUAUUUGCUUCUACAUGGUAUCGCAUUCCUUUAAAAGCGCAAAAACUAUUAUUGUUUAUGAUAUUGAGAAGCUCAAUGGAUUGUGAGUUAUGUCUUUCUGGUUUAUUCAUUCCGUCUUAUGCAGGCUUUACGUCGAUGAUGAGUUCAUCCUUCUCCUAUUGUGCCGUUAUAUAUUCAAUUCAAUAAAUAUUUUCGAAUAUUACUGGCAUUUUACUUCAGUAUAAGUAUUGCAAUUAUAUGAUAUUGUUAUAUGUGUAGAUUUG